AUGUCCCCGUUCUUGGACAGCAUCGCCACCAUCGUCGGCGUCUUCCAGCAGCACGCCCGGGGAGACGGGGACGGCUCCGGGCUCAGCCGCAGGAGGAUGAGGGAGCUGAUCCAGAGGGAAUUCGCGGAUUCCCUCGUGAAGCCACACGACCCUCAGACCAUCGAGAAGAUCCUGCAGUUCCUGGAGUGGGAUGGGGACGGGGACAUCGACUUCAACGAGUUCCUCCUCUUGGUGUUCCGGGUGGCCAAGUGCUGCUUCUGGUUCCAGCCCAGGGCCCCGUUCCUGGUGCAGAGGACGAAGCUCCCGAGCGGCGGAAAAUCCCUCCGGGAGCCGGAAUUCAGGAGCAGAGGGAGCCGCCGGCAGCUCCAGGAGGAGGAGGAGGACCGCCAAACCCGGGAGAGGAACCCUGAAGUCGAGCUGCAGCCAGACCUCAGGCUCGGGGAGGUGGAAAUCUCGGAGGGAAGGAGGAGGGAGCAGCAGGAACGUCGCGGGGAGGACGCGGAAGCGAGCGGGGAGCCGGGAACGACGAUCCGGGAGAGGUUCCAGGAGGAAGAACCGGCAGACGAGGAGCAGGAGAGGGAAGAAAGAGAUGAUCCCAGAAGAAAAGGGAGAACGAGAGAGAGGAGAGAGGAUCAGGAACGGGAGCUGGAGAUCUCUGAGCGCCGCACUCGGGACAGGGAGGAACGAGAGGCUGUGAUCGACCGGAGAGAGCCACGGGAGAGACGAGAGCGGGAAAUUCGUGAGGCUGAAGAAGAUGCAAGGAGAGAACAAAGAAUUUAUGAAAGGAGAAGAGAAACCUCAGUGGCAGAGGCUGAAGUCAAAGUGCGCCAUGAGAUCAGAGAGCGAGGGGAGGAACUGAGAAGAAGAGAACGAGCCUGUGAUGUCUCCUGUGAGGAGGAAGAAGAAAGAAGAAUUUGCCCCAGAAGGGAGAGGGAAGAGCCCCUGAGGGAGAGGAGAAGUGAUCGGCAGCGGGAGCUGGAGAUCUCUGAGCGCCGCACUCGGGACAGGGAGGAACGAGAGGCUGUGAUCGACCGGAGAGAGCCACGGGAGAGACGAGAGCGGGAAAUUCGUGAGGCUGAAGAAGAUGGGAGGAGAGAAGGAGGAAUUUAUGAAAGGAGAAGAGAAACCUCAGUGGCACAGGCUGAAGUCAAAGUGCGCCAUGAGAUCAGAGAGCGAGGGGAGGAACUGAGAAGAAGAGAACGAGCCUGUGAUGUCUCCUGUGAGGAGGAAGAAGAAAGAAGAAUUUGCCCCAGAAGGGAGAGAGAAGAGAUCGUGAGGGAGAGGAGAAUCAACCGUGAACGAGAGCUGGGGCUGGAGAUCUCUGAGCGCCGCACUCGGGACAGGGAGGAACGAGAGGCUGUGAUCGACCGGAGAGAGCCACAGGAGAGACAAGAGCGGGAAAUUCGUGAGGCUGAAGAAGAUGGAAGGAGAGAACAAAGAGAAACUCUGAGGUACGAGAGGGACAGAGAGACCUCAGUGGCAGAAGCCGAAGUCAAAGUGCGCCGUGAGAUCCGGGAACCACGAGAGGAGCUGAGAAGAAGAGAACGAGCCUGUGAGGAGGAAGAAGCAGCAGGAGAAGAAGCAGAGAGAAUUCCCCGGGUGAGAGAGAGGGAAGGGGCUGUGAGGGAGAGGAGAAUCCAUCGGGAACGGGAGCUGGAGAUCUCUGAGCGCCGCACUCGGGACAGGGGGGCAGAAGCCAUUGAGAGAAACCGGAGAGAACCACGGGAGAGACGAGAGCGGGAAAUUCGUGAGGCUGAAGAAGAUGCAAGCAGAGAACGAGGAAUUUAUGAAAGGAGAAGAGAGACCUCAGUAGCUGCAGCAGAAGCCGAAGUCAAAGUGCGCCGUGAGAUCCGGGAACCACGAGAGGAGCUGAGAAGAAGAGAACGAGCCUGUGAGGAGGAAGAAGCAGCAGGAGAAGAAGCAGAGAGAAUUCCCCGGGUGAGGGAGAGGGAAGGGGCUGUGAGGGAGAGGAGAAUCCAUCGGGAACGGGAGCUGGAGAUCUCUGAGCGCCGCACUCGGGACAGGGGGGCAGAAGCCAUUGAGAGAAACCGGAGAGAACCACGGGAGAGACGAGAGCGGGAAAUUCGUGAGGCUGAAGAAGAUGCAAGCAGAGAACGAGGAAUUUAUGAAAGGAGAAGAGAGACCUCAGUGGCUGCAGCAGAAGCCGAAGUCAAAGUGCGCCGUGAGAUCCGGGAACCACGAGAGGAGCUGAGAAGAAGAGAACGAGCCUGUGAGGAGGAAGAAGAAGAAGCAGAAGCAGAGAGAAUUCCCCGGGUGAGAGAGAGGGAAGGGGCUGUGAGGGAGAGGAGAAUCCAUCGGGAACGGGAGCUGGAGAUCUCUGAGCGCCGCACUCGGGACAGGGGGGCAGAAGUGCCCAGCAGGGAGCGGAGAGAGGCUGGCCAGGAGAUCCGGAGAGAACAAAGAGAAACUCUGAGGUACGAGAGGGACAGAGAGACCUCAGUGGCAGAAGCCGAAGUCAAAGUGCGCCGUGAGAUCCGGGAACCACGAGAGGAGCUGAGAAGAAGAGAACGAGCCUGUGAGGAGGAAGAAGAAGAAGCAGAAGCAGAGAGAAUUCCCCGGGUGAGAGAGAGGGAAGGGGCUGUGAGGGAGAGGAGAAUCCAUCGGGAACGGGAGCUGGAGAUCUCUGAGCGCCGCACUCGGGACAGGGGGGCAGAAGUGCCCAGCAGGGAGCGGAGAGAGGCUGGCCAGGAGAUCCGGCUGGAGGUCCUGGAGGAAGAGGAGGAGGAGGAGGAGCUGGAGCGGGGAUCGUGGCGGUACCAGACCCUGGAUGUGGAUACCGGCAAUCUCUGUCCCCCGGGACGGGAGGCGCCCGUCAGUGACCUCAGGCUCCGGUACCGCCCCGCUGACCCCGAGGUCCGGCCCGAGGUCCGGCUGCUCCCCGAGGCCCCGGAGCCUUCGACCAUCGCCUACCUGGUGCAUGUGAUCCAGAACCGGGGUGAGCCCAAAGCCGCCACCUACGAGAUCGUGUGCCACCAGCCCGGCCACCCCUGCUCCGUGUCCCCGAGCCACCGCCCCGAGCCGCAGCCCAGGGCCACCAAAUCCCAGGAGAAGCCCGAGGAUGUGGAUGAGCCCCGGGAAAGAUCCGGGGGGGAGGUGAAGGAUGGAGCCCGGGCGGAGGCGGUGAAGUCCCAGGAGAUCCGGAGGCGCCCCGAGGUCGCCGAGGUGCAGCAGGAGCAGCCCCGGGGUGAGGGGUCCCAGAAGGUCCCGAGGGAGCCCCGGAGAGAGCGAGAGGACAGCGAGGCCAAGGGCUCUGCCCCGGCUCCCGAGGCUCGGGAAUGUCGGGAUCCGGAGCGCAGAGAUCCCGGGGAGACCCGCGGAGAGGGAAUCCAGGAGGAUGAGGAGGCUCCUGAGGAGGAAUCCAGCAAGAGGAGCGGCCGGGAAUCCGGCAAUUCCCAGGUUUCUCGGGAAGGUGGCACCAAGCAGGGCCAGGAGCCCUCGCAGGAGGCCCCGAGCCGCCCCAGGGAUGAAUCCAAGACAUCCUGA